AUGCUGGACACCGGUGAAGUGCGAUUUAAAAAAGGACCAGUGCAAAUUCCAGAAAACAGGAUGCAAGCUUUCGGUCUAUCUGAGUUAACUGUAUCUGGCAAGAAGACCGACGUAAAAGACAAAUUUAUAAAUCAUUGUUUCAAUCGGCAACAGAACUAUCGGCAAACGAGUCAUCAGUCAAUGCAAAAUGCACCCCAGCCGAGCGGGUUCAUCAACACUUGUUGCUUUGGCUUAAGUGCAGAGAAGAAAAUGAGCCAUCAAGUGCCUGACUCAGGGACUGUUACAACUAGCACAGUUUCAAGUUUGCAAAAAGUGGAACCGCUUUCACUCCAAUUUAGUCUGGCUACUCGACCUUUAUCGACUGUCCGGAAGGAUUCAUCAUACCGACAUGGACGGACAACAAUGCUGCCUCAGUAUGUACGAAGGCCCGUUCAAACGGAGCGUUCCGAACGCUACCUUGACCUCAGCAAUUCCCGUAUCACACAACCAGGGACACAAGUCCUUCCAUCAAACAAUCUAUUGUUUAGAAUAACAGGUGAAGAAAAGCCACAACUCACCUUGAAUUCAUUAUUGGAACCCACCAAAAAGGUCACUAUGAACGGUGCUGGUAAUAACGAUAUUGAAGUGCUGUCUGAGGCUUGUGGCAUUCACGAGCAGAUAGAUGCAAAGUACGAGACUUGGAAGCACAAGCCGAUUGUGAAAAAUUCAAAUAUUACAAAUGACACGCAGGUGAAUGCAGCUAGAUCCUGGCUUCCCAAGAUUGACGCUUUAACAGCGCAAAGGGGAAAAGGGGCCCUUCAGAUGACUAAUUGGUCUAUUUUGACUGGGAGAAGAAUUGGUCGAAAAUCCAAGGAUUCUCUCGGAUCUAUCUGGUCAGAUAUUUUACUCGAUAUCGACAAUCCGCUGACAGUCAGACGCAAGAAGCUGGUCACCAACUGUCAUCAGGUUGAUGUAGCAAGUAGGCCAAAGGUCAAUAAACCGUCGCUUAAUCAUAUUGCCAAGCGUAAACAUGAACGCAGAUGUCAGGUUGAUCUGUUGUCAGCACAUGCUCAACUUCAAGAAACAGGCGAGCCGCAGAACUCAGCCAAUGUAAAAGUAGUCAAAAGUAAUCUUGAAAACAUACACCGCCCGUUGAGCACUGUCAAAGAAACCCCUCCAUAUGGGGAAUCACUUCAAGGAGAAGAUGCGAUACAUGAAGAAAACUGGGCCGAGUUUAAACACAGUGCCGUGAAGGAAAACACUGGAUACAGUAGUGACGCAGCUCCUGUCAAUACUUUAAAUGUGAAAGAAAGAAAAUCGCCAAGUGAAUCACCUCAACUUACUGUGAAACCGGGCGCAAACAAUGAGAAGUACCCGUCCAACUCCCAUCUAAAUACAGCGCAAGAAAUUCAAACUAUACCAAGGACAUCACGGACACUUUCCUUACUCCCUGCUUUGAAACGGACUCAAGAGAUUGAGAAUGAUUUAGAACGAAACCCCGUGGGUCAACCUUCAUUGAUAUACCAUACUCCUUCCAAGGAGUUCGUUGUUCAUAAACCUAAGCAAUUCACACCUAUCAGCCCAAGAACUGCUCUUCAGCAACAUGGUUGCGAACUCACUUUUUAUGAACAACAAGAAAUCAAGAAUUAUCCCCAAAUAUGGUUUAUGGGAAUCGGUGCAAACAAAGUUCACGGUGUGAUUGGGGCUUCAGAGAAUGAAGGAUAUGAUGAUGACAAGGGUGGUUACAAAAAGGUCAAACACGACCAUCUUGCUUACCGGUAUGAGGUACUGGAGACUCUGGGAAAAGGGUCCUUUGGUCGCGUGGUUCGUGCACUCGAUCACCAAAGUGCUGAAAUGGUUGCAAUCAAAAUUAUCCGAAACAAUAAACGUUUCUACGAGCAAGCCCAAACAGAAGUCUCUAUACUUCAAGAUCUCAAAAGCGCUGAUCCUUUGUGCCAGCACAACGUGGUACACAUUAAGGAGUGUUUUGAUUUCCGCAAUCACUUUUGCAUUGUUUUUGAGCUCUUAGGAUGCAAUUUUUACGAUUUUUUACGGAAGAGAAGUUACCGCGGCUGUACGUUAGACGCAUUGCGAAAUGUUGCCACUGGUUUACUGCAAUGUCUAUGUUUACUGCUGAAAAGAGGAAUUGUUCAUUGUGACCUGAAGCCCGAAAACAUCCUGACAUCACCGAACAAUCCAUCGGGAAUACGUGUUAUUGACUUUGGUUCCAGCUGUUACACAAAUAAGCAAAUAUACACUUAUAUCCAAUCUCGAUUUUACCGGGCUCCUGAAGUUAUUCUUGGUCUCCCCUAUGGACCACCCAUCGAUAUUUGGAGUUUCGGAUGCAUUCUCCCAGAGUUGUAUAUGGGUCAACCGUUGUUCCCUGGAGAGAACGAGGCUGAACAACUUUCCCGUAUUAUGGAAAUGUUGGGACUUCCUCCGAAACAAUUAUUGGCAAAAGCGAAUCGACGAAACGUAUUUUUCGACUCCUACAUAGGUCCGAAGCGUGACCCUUUUCCUAAAGAACGGUUUGGGGGCACGCCGUAA